UUCCUGGUGGCAAAGCCACAGAUCCAGAGCUCAGUGCUGAGAGCUGCCCCACCCUGGUAGACCGCCCUACUUUAUGAUUUCUACUGGUGGCAGGCUGCAUGGGAAGCACCCGCAAGACCCUCUAGACGUGCAAUGGAGGCAGUGACCUUUGAGGAUGUGGCUGUGACUUCACCAUGGAGGAGUGGCCUUUGCUGGAUCCAUCCCAGAAGAAGCUCCACAGAGAUGUGAUGUGGGAAAAUGUUACAAAUGUGACUGCUAUAGGAAGAAACUGGGAAAACCAGCAGCAAAUUGAAGAUGAGUACCAAAACUUCAGGAAAACUCUAAGAAGUGCAGAGGUAGAUAAAUUCUGUCAAUGUAAGUUGGGGUAUCAAUGUGGAGAGAUAGAUUUUAUGACUCCUGAUACAAACGUGCAUGUGAACCUGCUUGGUAUAAACCUGGGUGAAAGCCUUGCACGCAGAAAGCCUCUGAUUGGUCAUUCAUCACCAACUGUGCCGAUCAUACAUAACUCUGGACUCCAAUCAUAUGAGCUCCAUGGAUUUGAGCAGAAGCUGUCUUUCAGACAUGGGAAAACCUCCACUGACUUUCAGUCCUUUCAGAAACAUGCAGAGACAAAUCCUGAAGAAAAACUUUAUGGAUAUAAGCAAUGUGCAAAAUCCUACUCUGAGUGCACUGAAGGAAGUAAUUCUGAAGAGAAAUCCUUUGAAUAUAAUCAAGAUGUGAGACCCUUCAGUUCACCCAACUAUGACAAAAUCCAGGAAAGAAAUGACAGUAGGGUGAAUACCUAUACAUAUAUAAAAUGGGGGAAAAGUUUGAAUUCUCACUAUGAUAUUCAGAAACAUGAAAGAGCUCACACUGGAGCAGACUUCUAUGUAUACAAACACAGUUGGAAACUCUUAAAUAAUAAAACUUCAUUUGGUAGUCAUGAAAGAACUCACAUUAUGGGGAAACCCUAUAUUUGUAAGCAAUGUGGAAAAGCUUUCAGCAAACAGAGUCAUUGUCAAAUACAUGAAAGGACUCACACGGGUGAGAAACCCUUUGUAUGUAAGCAAUGUGGGAAAGCUUUCAACACACGCAGCUCUUACCAAGUGCAUGAAAGGACUCACACUGGAGAAAGACCCUUUGUAUGUAAACAAUGUGGGAAAGCUUUUAGGAGACAUGAUAAUUGUCACUCACAUGAGAGGACUCACACAGGGGAAAAACCUUUUAUAUGUAAACAAUGUGGGAAAGCUUUUAGGAGGCAUGAUAAUUGUCAUUCACAUGAAAGGACUCACACAGGGGAAAAACCCUUUGUAUGUAAACAAUGUGGGAAAGCUUUCAGGACACAGAGUAAUUAUAAAACACAUGAAAGGACUCACACUGGAGAAAAACCAUUUCAAUGUAAGCAAUGUGGGAAAGCUUUCAGGAGACAACAGGAGUGUCAAAGACAUGAACAAACUCACACUGGGGAGAAACCCUUUGUAUGUAAGCAAUGUGGGAAAGGUUUCAGGACACACCAAGGCUGUCAAGGACAUGAACGAACUCACACUGGGGAGAAACCAUUUGUAUGUAAGCAAUGUGGGAAAGCUUUCAGGACACACCAGGGGUGUCAAAGACAUGAAAGGAUCCACACUGGGGAGAAACUGUAUGUAUGUAAGCAGUGUGGAAAAGCUUUCACCACACGCCAGGGGUGUCAAGGACAUGAACGAACUCACACUGGGGAGAAACCCUUUGUAUGUAAGCAAUGUGGGAAAGCUUUCAACACUCACAGUUCUUACCAUAUACAUGAAAGGAUCCACACUGGGGAGAAACUGUAUGUAUGUAAGCAGUGUGGGAAAGUUUUCGGGACACAGAGUAAAUGUAAAACACAUGAAAGUACUCACACUGGAGAAAAACCCUUUGUAUGUAAACAAUGUGGGAAAGCUUUCAGGACACAUGUUAAUUGUCAAUCACAUGAAAGGAUUCACACAGGGGAAAAACCCUUUGUAUGUAAACAAUGUGGGAAAGCUUUUGGGACCCAGGGUAAUUGUAAAACACAUGAAAAGACUCACACUGGAGAGAAACCCUAUGUAUGUGAGCAAUGUGGGAAAGCUUUCAGGACACUCCAGGUGUGUCAAGGACAUGAACGUACUCACACUGGGGAGAAACCAUUUGUAUGUAAACAAUGUGGGAAAGCUUUCAGGACACAGAGUAAUUGUAAAACACAUGAAAUGACACACACUGGGGAGAAACCAUAUGUAUGCAAACAAUGUGAGAAAGCUUUCAGAAGACAGAGUCAUUGUCAAAGACAUGAAAGGACCCACACUGGAGAGAAACCCUAUGUAUGUAAGCAAUGUGGAAAAGCUUUCACUACACACAGUUAUUGGCAAAUACAUGAAAGGGCCCACACUGGGGAGAAACCCUAUGUAUGUAAGAAGUGUGGAAAAGCUUUCACUACACACAGUUAUUGGCAAAUACAUGAAAGGGCCCACACUGGGCAGAAACCCUAUGUAUGCAAGCAAUGUGGGAAAGCUUUCACUAAACUGAGUAAUUGUAAAACACAUGAAAGGACUCACACUGGAGAGAAGCCCUAUGCAUGUAACCAGUGUGGGAAAGCUUUCAGGACACAAAGUCAUUGUAAAGCACAUGAAAGGACUCACACUGGGGAGAAACCCUAUGUAUGUAAGCAAUGUGGGAAAGCUUUCAGCACACACAGGAAUUGUCAAGGGCAUGAAAGAAAUCACAGUGUAGAAACACUGUGUAUGUGAACAAUAUGGAAAAUGCUUUGUUAUUCUAGUAGUCAUCAAAGACAUUCAAAAUGUAAGAGGAGAAAUUCACUUUGAAUAUAUGAAGUGACUUGCACUGAUAUCAAAGGACAGUGCAGAGAAGCCCUUUCUUUGUAUGCAAUAUAAAAGUCUUUCAGUACACAGGUAGGAUAUACCUGAAAGAAUUCACAGAACAGGAAUCUGAGCCCAUAAGAACAAUUGGCAAUGUUUUAUUUUUCUCUGCAUUCAAAGUCAUGAAAUAGUCACAUGAGAGGGGAGUCAUAUAUACGCAAUGAAUAUGGAAAUCCUUCCAUUUUUCCUAUUACCCAGAAAAUUAUGAAAGAACUCCCACUGAAAAGAAAGCCUAUGUAAAUAAUGUAUGAAAACUUUUUAUUUUCAUAACAUCAGAAAACAUGCAGAAACUCAAAAUGAGAUUUAGUAUAAAUACCAAAAGUGAAAAAGCUGAGAAUCAGAGUGACAUAGACAGAGAAGAGUGUUAAGAAUGAGAUACACUGUUUCAAAGCACACUUGCAGAGGCAAUCUUCUUCCAAUAUAUCUGUGGAUUAAUGCACAGAUGAGGUUGGAAAGUGCAUAAUGUCAGAUUCAGAAAAUCACCACCUUCCAUUUGAGUCUUCAG